GACCCGUCAGCCGUAUCCCGCGUUACUUGGUGUCGUGUGAAGCAAACAAUAGCAGAACUGCGAUAUAUUCUGUGACUGUUGUGUGAUGGAUCUGUGAGCUGACGAUGGAGGAGGAGUCGAUGUCAGGGCACAGCUGUUCUGAGGACGAUAUCAGUGUCGGGCGGCCGUCACCGGCGCCCUCGAGGUCUCCGUCGCCGCAUGAUUACUUCAGGCCGUUGAAGCGGUUGAAGAUGGCUUCCGAGCCAGCUGAGGAGAGGCGAGGGGAAGGAGUGAAGAGUUUUUCUAUCCUAGAUAUAUUGUCGCACAGUCCGCGAACUCCACCUCGAAUUGUGAGGCCUUGGGAUGCUUCAGGGUUUGAGAGACUGCAGCGGUUGCAGCGCUUGGCUGGAGCUGCUCUGCUGGACGGAGAACGCUGGAGGCUCGCAGCGUUAGGCCUGCUGAGACCGCGAGACAUGGCGCCCGCGGAGUGCUGCGACUCAGCCUCUGAAAGGUCCUCAUCCGCGUCAGAUUGCUGCUCAGAGCCGCGCCGCGCGCCGCAGCAAGGAUCCAAUGCUCCUCACACUCCUCUGGACGCACUAUUCCACAUGACUAGCAAAACCUUCGAAGUCAAUAACUCUGAUACCGGAGAUGGUCAGUCAAAUCACCUAAACCUCUUCAACUCGCGGCCACAGCCGAAGAAGAAACGAAAAUCCCGAACAGCAUUCACCAACCACCAGAUCUUUGAGCUGGAGAAACGGUUUCUAUACCAGAAGUACUUAUCACCAGCGGAUAGGGACGAAAUUGCUAGUUCACUCGGCCUGUCCAACGCGCAAGUGAUAACUUGGUUCCAAAACAGAAGAGCCAAGUUGAAGAGAGACAUGGAAGAGUUGAAGAAAGACGUUGAAAGCGCAAAAGUAUUAUCAGCUCACAAGAGUUUUCUUGAGAACGUGACAGAUUUAGGUAUAUUGAAGAAGAAGGCGAUGAGCAUAGGCGCCAGUGAGGAGGCGGCGACGAAUUUAGUGGUGAAUGCUUCCAAAUGAGAUGAGGUUACGCGUGCGCUCGCUGGCGACAUCGCCUACGACCGCCGCGUCAUCGAUUACUGAACUCUCGAAUUCAAAUUCGAAAUGUGAAUGUGAAUAUACUGUUUAGUGAUGUUAUGGACGUUCUCUUCACUAAUAUUGAAUGCUCUGUACAUAAUCAAUCGCGAUUGACGAUUGUUAUGACUGACAAUGCCGACUUUGAUAGUUCUUCAAUUUAUCAUAAUUCUUAACAAUAACGUUUCGACCAUGAUAUGUAGAGAAAAGAGUACAUAAUAUUGUUGUGUUAAAACGACUGAUAAAAUAAAAAAUAAAAAAUUGUCAAUCGCGAUUGACCAACAGACUUAUCAAAGUAGACAAUGCUCUUGCCUACUUCACUAAGUAUUUAAACAAAACCGUCUGUAAAUAAAAUAAAAAGUUGUCGUUUAUUGUACAAAAAAUCUUAUGGAGAUGCUUCGUCGUUCGAAAUAUAAAUGUGAUAGUUGAUUUUAUUUAAGUACUUAAUAUUUUAUAGAGUUAUUUCUAAAUUAUUUAUUGUGGACGGGUAACCACUGGAGUAGGUAUAGAUAGCCGAAAUGUAGAGACGAAAUUCAAAAUGGUGGCAAGAAAUAUUUUAAUAAGAUUUUUUCUUUUAAGAAUGUUGUUACAUAAAGUUUUAUGUGAAAAUAGAAGAAAAGACUUUCUAAAGUAGGCACUUGCUGCGGAUACAUAAAAGUGUACGAAUCAAAAUGUAAAAAUAAUUUAUUGUAGGAUACUAAAAAAACAUCAGUAAAAGUAGUUAGAGAUUCAGUACCUAGUCAAACUUAAAAAAAAUAAAAAAUCUUUGGAAUACCAUACGUCUUUGUGUAACGCUUUCUAAAAAGAAAUAUAUCUCGAUACUUACAGAAAAAAUGAAUAAAAAAAAUGUGCAAUAAAAGAUCUAUAUUCUAUAACCCAGUGACACACCCAGGUAAUUAUAAGGUUGAAUGUACAUAUACAAAUGUAAAGGUAGACUUAGUAUUAGAUAUACAUGGUAGAUUUGUAUACAUAAUUACUUAUAUGACAUUCUAUUGUAAAAGAUACGUACUAUUUGUCGCUGGCACUUACGCCUUUUUGACUUUCAUUUACACCAGACCUAAAAGCUAAAAGAUCCUAAACCACAAUGAUAAAUUCGUAUAUUUUACAAAAGUACUUCACAUAAAACUAAACUAGUGGCUAAUCUGAUUUUUAAUUAGUAAAUAUUAUGAUAUUACUAAUUUAAAAAUUAGCUCGAAUUUCUACUAAUUACGAGUACCUACCAGCAAUAUAGGAAAAUGUUAGAUGUAUUUACGAAGUAAUUUCAUGUGAUUUGAAAUAUUUAAAUUACGACAGAAUGUAAAAGGACUUAACUUAUGAAAUGGUAUCUAUGUUCAGUUGACUACUUGAAAUCGUUAUUUUAUAGAAUGUACCCUGUAUCUAUUGUUAAAAAAAAUAACGAAAGGGCAUAAUGUCUACAGGUAAUAAAAUAUACUUCAGUAGAAGUGCCUCAAUAAUUAGUAACGUACAAAAACGCUCCAAUGGGCAGGACUAACAACCUUCGGGUGGUUGCUCACUAUCCAAGAUCUCUGGAUGUUGGACGAAGUUGAGUUUAGAAUACAAUCGAUCGACUAUGUGGCCACUAUAUUUGGUCAUAACUUAAAUACAUAAUACGCAACCACCCUUACGAUUAGCACAUGGUAUGUUUUAUUAUCUGUAAAUAGGGCGAAUUAAUCUCUUUUUUAAUGGGAUAUGCAAUGUACUCUGUUCUGUUACAGUUAAGUACGUGUAACAAAUAAAAACGAUCGCCAUUUAUAAAUUACUUUUCUACAUUUAUUUUUAAUAAUUCCGUUAAUAUAUUGAUAUAAAGAAAAAUGUAUAUAUUUUCCGUAAACAAUUAUCGUUUGUGUAGUUAAAAUUGAAUUUUAUUACCCAUUGUUAUGGUGUAACUCGCCGUGUCGGGCUAACAUUUAGUCACGCGAAGGAAUUAGUCAUAUUAAAACAAUAACACCACCCACAUAAUAAAUCACACAUGUAAUCACUUAUAAUUUAAAAAAAAUGCUAAUACGCGUAACUGAUAUACCUAAUAUAAUAGUACUUACAAAACCAAUAGUAAUACCUGUCCAAUCGAAAUAAUAAAACAAAAAACAGUGGUUUAUGUACAAUCAAAGAGCAAAAGUUCAGUCACUGACCCCAGCGAAUUAUUUGUAAGCAGUGGUGAAAUUAUGAACCAUUAGUUGUCAUAAUUAUAAAAUUUAUGUUUUUGUUGGUGUUUUUGGUCUAUUACAGAAACGACAUGUAACCAGGAGGUCUUAAGUGCAACCAGUUAAUUUAUUACAUUGCAAGAAACUGAUUGGACUUUUGUAGCUUAUCAUACCUUCUUGUUAAGUAAAAGAUACAUUGAGUAUCAACAAAAUAAAACAUGAAUGAUAAUUCCUUUAAGUGACUACUUGUAAAACCCUACCAACUACAGUAAGUUACAUCAAGCUACGUUGUAUAGGAAAGACGUAACUUUCUUUUUAUUCAUACAUGUCACUAGCCUAUUUCGAAGGUGUAAGUAGCCACACUACAAAAUAAAGAAAUCUACAAUAAAUGCAGUUUCAUUGUCAUCACUUUUCCACCAAGAUAAAGCCUACUUUAGAAACGUAUUGUCGUUAAUGUCAUAUUUUAAUGUGUACUCAUUGUGGCUUACAUUUUGCUAUGUUAUAUUAAAUUUGUCAGAAAAUAAAUACCUAUAUUUUUCAUUUCCUUUUCAUUGUAUAACUUAAAAAGCAGUAUGUUUUUCUUAAUAGCAUUGUACUUGGUGUAACAAACUGUAGUAAAACUUCUCGUUCCUAUAUCGUUACUCAGUUAUUUACAUAAUAUUAUAUAUGAAAAGUUUGUACUGUACAAUAUACAUUAAUACAAUAGUAGGUACACGCGAAUAUU